CCCACCAGAAUCUUCCGCCGUGAAUCAAGAGUAUCGCCUAUUUAGAUUUGUGUUCUAAUGAACCAUCCCAUCCCGAUAGCAGUACAAUUGAUCCUUCGUGCGCGAUAAACCAGAUCAGUAAAAUGUCGACCAGGGUGUCGCUCCAGACCACGGACUUGAACUCCGUAAACUCCGAAGCACGUCCAGAAAGUUGACACGCCGAUUUGCAUUAACGCGACAAUCACUUUCUCGGAACACUUCGAUACCUUCACAACUUACACCCUGGCCGCGGCCCUACAAACACUUCUGCAGCAACCCAGCCACUGGAGUUUCCUCAACACCAACUCACGAGACGCCGAUCAAAGACGACCGAGCGCAACAGGGCCCCGACUCUGACACAAACACUACAACCACCAACCUCCCAUCUCCACAACAAUGCCCCUCCCCCACUGGGCAACCUCCUGCAUAAAAGGCGGCCUUCUAGGCAUAACAUCCUGGGUAACCCUAAACGACCACAUCCUCGAACUCGUAACCAUUGAAGGAACAUCCAUGCACCCCACCUUGUCUCCUGCCUACAACGAAACAGGAGCAAAAGACACUUUACUCAUUAAGAAAUGGAAACCCACAAAAGACUUGCAGAGAGGUGAUGUGGUCAUGUUGAAUUUACCGCAUAAGCCUGAGAAGUUGGGGAUCAAGAGGGUUGUGGCGUUGGAGGGGGAUUGGGUGGAGAUGGAUUGGAAGAGGAGGAGUAGAGAGCUGGGGGUAGAGGGGAAGGGGGCAGGUAUGGUGUGGGAUGCUAUAGGAGAGGAGAAAGAAUUUGGGAUGGGCAAGAGGAGGUGGAGGGUUCCGUUGGGACAUGUGUGGGUGGAGGGUGAUAAUGCGAGUGCGAGCAAGGAUAGUAAUACUUAUGGUGUCUAAAUCGUUGAUUGCCGGGAAAGCACUGUAUUGUCUGUGGCCACUGGAUCAAUUUGGAGAAAAGCCUUGG